UCUGUUGUCUGUGCGCCUCGUGUCCCGUGUGUUCCUGGUGGUCCGUUUUCGCGUGCCUCCUCUUCGUCGGGCACACAAUCGGUCGUUGCUGGGUUUUAUGCUUGGCCUCGCUGUCUGCGAGACGCACUCUCGAUCCUCGUGGAUUGACGGUCGCUGAAGGUGGCCCCCUUCGUCUCUUUUUCAUGUCCGGGGAAGUGACCGCGGAGCGGGGGGGUCCGCGAGCGUCGUCGUCGUCUACGUGGUGGUAGUGUCCUGGUGCGCGGAGAGGAGUGGCGACGACGAUUCUCCGGCAAACGGUUCUUCAUCGAAACCGCGGUUACGUCACACGACCCUGAGACUGGGCUUGCGGAGGAAAACGGUUUGCUAGAGAAGUGGACAGCGGCGACGACGACGGGGACGAGGACGACGGCCCUGUUAAAAUGGAGCUGCGCCUACAUUCGCCAGCCGGAGCAGAACCGAUUGUCUAUCAAUGGCCCCUCACCUCCGGAUCGGGAUCCGAUCGUCACGAUGGUGCACUCGAUGUUGUUGAAACAAUGAGAUGGGUGUGCGAGGAUUUACCAGACUUGAAGUUGCCAUUGGAGAACAACAUUCUGUGCAAUUAUGACACCAGGGAUUACGAGAGUAUGAAAAAUUUAUGUGACAGAUUCAAUAGAGCAAUCGAUAGUUUAGUUCAAUUGGAAAAGGGUACUAGUUUACCAUCGCAGAGGCUAAAUAAACGACCUAGUCGCGGUUUGUUACGACACAUACUUCAGCAAACUUACAAUCAGGCUGUAGUAGAACCGGAUAAGUUGAAUCAGUAUGAGCCCUUUUCACCAGAAGUGUACGGAGAAACUAGUUACGAACUUGUCUGUCAAAUGAUCGAUCAGAUCGAAAUAACUGAGGACGAUGUGUUUGUCGAUUUGGGAUCUGGCGUUGGACAAGUAGUUUUGCAAAUGGCCGCAGCGACGUUAUGUAAAAUCUGUAUCGGCGUGGAAAGAGCUGACGUACCAUCGAGAUAUGCACAAAGUAUGGAAGUAAACUUUCGUAAAUGGUUGAAUUGGUACGGGAAAAGAUGCGGCGAGUAUCGUUUGGUAAAAGGCGAUUUUUUAGCUGACGAACAUCGUGAAAGCAUCACCGGAGCAACAAUAGUGUUUGUUAAUAAUUUUGCGUUCGGUCCGACGGUGGAUCACCAACUGAAAGAACGAUUCGCUGACUUACGAGAUGGCGCACGUAUAGUAUCAUCGAAAUCAUUUUGUCCCCUCAACUUUCGCAUAACGGAUCGAAAUCUUAGUGAUAUUGGUACGAUAAUGCACGUCUCAGAAAUGUCACCGUUAAAAGGUUCUGUCUCGUGGACUGGUAAACCAGUGUCUUACUAUUUACACGUAAUCGACCGUACCAAGUUAGAACGUUAUUUCCACCGUUUGAAGAAUAACAAACAAGGUGGCGAUGAAAACUCUGAUUCUGUGAUAAACAACACUGCCAGCAGUAGUAAUAAGGUUACAAGUAGAGGCGAGAGGGGCGACAGAGCUAAGCGAGACCUCUCGCGGCAGUUAGACAGCCCGAAUCAUUCGGAACAACAAGGGACAAAUAGCGAUUCAGACGUAGACGAGAGUAACAUUAAGAGUCGUCGGCAACCGAAUAAAAUUCGUAGGAAAUUGAAUAGAAAAACGAAUGGUAUUACAAGACCGCCUGCUAGAGGCAGACAGAGGGGUAGAGGCGUGAAGAAGUCCAAGCCGAAGAAAGCGAUUAAUAUUUCUGGCCUGGACUUGCUGCACAGCCAAACGUUACUUAGCACAUCACCGCAGGCUCUCGGAAAAAAGCCACCGCCCGCGCCUGGUUGCGUGGAUCAGCAGCUGUCUUCGUUGUCGCUCUCUUUGCAGUCACAUUCCACCUCUGUGCACGAAGAACUCAGUAUACCACCUGCUCCGUCCGCCACUCCUUAUGCUUUACAAAUACUUCUGGACUUGUUCAGGGACCAAUUUAUGCUCAUGUUAGAAUCAAUGAGAACACCUCAGUACAGAGUGUCGGUGAAUACAGACAUAGCAAAAGAGAGGGAGAGAAACUCGAAACUGCAAUCGAGAGCCGCGCAGCUAGAGAAACAAAUAAAAGUAUUAAUCGAUGAUAGUGUGGCUCUGUUGAAAGCUAGAAUGACUGAGUUAGGUAUAAAUGCUACGUCGCCCGGCGACUUACUCGCUAAAGCCAAGGAGAUAGUUCUUAGACAUAAACAGUUGCAAGCCAAGGCGAGCAAAUUACAGGCUCAGGUUGCAUCCAUGGAAACCGAACAAUCGAGACUGACCGCGCUUAGACAUCAGGAAUUACAAGAUAAAUACAGCAGCUUGACAACUGCUAAUGGUAUGUCAAAUCCACCGCAACCGCUCACGCAAGAUUAUAUACUAAAGGAAAUUUCGGCGACUUUAUCUCAGCGUAAAAGAUUACAUUGUCAGGUAUCCAAAUUAGAGCACGAACUGAACGUGUUGGAAAGAGCAAGUAAUGAAAAGCAAGCUGCCGCGAUGGCCCAGCAACAGAGGGAAGCAGCGGGCGCGAAACACACGCAAAAUCAGCACCAUCAUCAGCAACAGAACGGGAAAAGCGGAUCGACGAGAAAGAGCCGAGAAGGACGGUCCAGAUCGCAAGAGUGGCCUAAUGUCCCAGACAUCGGCAAAAUACAAGAGAACAAUCCGGAAAUAUUGGCCCAGAAAAUUUUGGAAACGGGCAGACAAAUAGAAGCUGGUCGAAUGUUGAAUCGACAGAACGCCAAUGCAGGCAGCAAUUCUAGAACCAGACUGCCACAAGCAUCUCUUAGCUUUUCUACCACGUCGUCGUCAAUUUCAUCCUCGCAGCCGCAGGCAAGCAAUAAAGAAACAUCAAAUAGGAAUCAGGAGCCUCCCAGGGUUGCGAACUUCGAGGACAGGCUAAAGAGUAUAAUCACAAGUGUCUUGAACGAAGAUCAACAAAAUAGAAAUAAGCAACAGCAAAUGCAAUUACAAAGUCAAACGGAGCCAGAUAGAAAACGUAUCGCUUUACCGCAGAAUGUUUCUACGCCGGACUAUACACAGGUUUCACCUGCAAAGUUAGCACUUCGCCGUCAUCUCUCCCAAGAACGUCUUUCAUCUCACUUAACACCAUCCGAUAGGCCAACUAUUGACUCCAGGCAAUCGAGUCAUGACAAUCGUAUUGUAGCAGGGGGAAAUGGAUUGCUCGGGACCAGAACAAUCGGCGAUUUGGUCAGCGGGGAAAUAGAGAGGACACUAGAGAUAUCCAAUCAAUCGAUAAUAAACGCAGCCGUUGAUAUGAGCGCGAUAAUAAGACCGGAAACAGUGUAUUCCCCAAUCAGCAGACCGGCAAGCGCAGAGGGCGAUGCUGGUUUAUCGACUCUCGCGCAUGUAGCGAGUUACGCUCCGACAUCUACCGCGGUUUCAACCUGUACGCCUACAGCUACGUCAAGAUCGUCCGUAUUGUUCACUCCAGUAACACAGGCGCAAAGAUAUACACCAGUUCAAUUACCUCGGGCAGACAUCAAACCAUACCAUGAAUCAUACUUCGCUGAUAAUCCUUCGCAGUCACUUCCACAAACCCAUCCUCCGACAUCUUUGCACUCGUCUCAGGCUGGCUCGAACGGUGAAGUUUUGCCGGUAGAAGGACUGGCGGCGUCAUUACACGCUCGUAUAUUGAACAAUCACACCGCCAAAACCGAAUCGAUGCUUUCUACAAGUCGAAGAUUUCAACCGUACCCCAGAUACGCAACCAGUAGUAACAGUAAUGGCAGUACGACUACAAAUGGCAUUGUAACGGCCAUUUGUCAAUCACAGCCUUCGAUGCCAGUGAAAACAGAGGCGGUCGUGUCGUCGAUAAGCACAAGUGGGGCACCGUUAAGUCCUCUGGUAGAACCGCACUCGAACACAUCCACGCCGCUAGUCGAUGAACCUCAAAUGACCACGCAAAGACAACGGAACGGUAUUGGCGACGAUGAUGGCGAAGCAGAUUGGCAAGACCGAAUCAGUUCUGGAUUCGAUCGAUUGGUAGCGUUCGCCUCCACCGAGUUAGACAAGCGAAGAAGAUCUACCGAGGGAGUGAACACGAGUCCUGACAGCGGUCUCGGGUCAGACAGCACUGUCACAGGACCACCGCCGGUGAUCCCCUCGCCCGACGAAGCCCUGGGACCUCCACGUACACCUUCGCCGACCAGCCCCCGGCCACCGAAUCCCUCUAACAAUAACACGAACAGCACAUCUUCGGUGCCUCUGAAGUAUCAACGGCAAACGGACCCCGAGCGGCAUCAUUUUAAGAAAAAGUUUUUUCAUAGGGACUGGAAUAACUCUGGAGGCACCAGUAAGUUUCGUCCGAAAGGCAAGGAUUGGGAUUGGAAUCAUUCGGGACAGUGGCCUUCGAAUGACGAACAAUCUUAA